ACCCUGGGUACACACAUCUUGGUGACCCACGCACACAUGCCAGCGUUGGGGCAAUGUCACGGCCCGCGCGGCGAGUGGCCGCCGACAGCCUUGUCAAGAUUAAUUAAAAGCGGGAGGAGGGAACAUUUUUAUCAUAUUAUAUUUUUUUUCUAUGGGGGAGGCGUUAAAUUAGUUUCACUAUUAACUUGAAAUACAUAAGCUAGUUGCCUCCAGUCUGUUGCCUACUAUCAGACAACCGAAAUGCAAGAGGAGAGCCACACCGUCACCAUGUGCUGGCAAACACUCCGAGGCAGUGGUUCUCAACCGUUGUCUGUGCCCACGCCCUUUUCAUCUCAUGAAUUUGUCUCGGCUCCCUGGUCAGAAAAAAAUAUAUAUAAUUAGGCUAUUAUUAUCCGACAUAACUAUGACGGCAAUUAAUAUACUUUACCAGUUAUUGUAGCAUGACUUAACCAUAGACUCCAUGUGGUUACGAAUUUUGUUGACAGACAAAAUGACAUUCAUAUAAUUCCAGCCUCCUUGUUAUUAAGAUAUUGAAUUAUUGAUCAACAAGAGUGGCACCCCCAGGUGUGUGGGUUCGUACCCCCUGGGGGUACCGGCACCCCCGGGUUAAGAACCGCUGCUUUGAGGUGUCAUCCUUGGUGAAUUAUAUAUUUGUACCACACUGUAUCACAUAGGACUAUAUCAAACGUGAAGUCAUUGGGAUGAGUUCGGUGUUCCCCGUCCAAGGAACACCUGAGCUCCGUUCACCGCUGUGACCUUCGCCAAAGGCAGUGAACUUCUUGGCUCCGCAACACACAGAGGUCACGGCCGUUAUUCUGCAAGCAGCUCGGGGCCGACGGUGCCUCGCCGCGGGUUACAACAGGAACAAUGGCCAGUAGUCGGCGGACUGAUCCUACUGCUAAGUUGUCGGGGAAAGUAAAUAAAAAAGUUCUGAAAAUAUGAAUAAAACCCAAAAGACGAAUCCGUGCAGGAAGCAAAUAAUUCAAUGUCUCAACAGCCCACGCACCGCAUGGACAUCCCAGCCACUGCAUGUCUAACCAUUUCCGUGAAGAAUAAGAAGCGAGCCUUCUCUCCCUCCUCAGGCCCCAAGAGAGAACUGCCCCGGUGAUGGCCGGCGUGUGGCUCCGGCCCGGCCCCCUUCAGGCAGGGGUAAUCUCGGACACUCCCCCCCAGCACGGCCCUGCCCCCGCCUCCCCCAGCCAGCCCCCGCGGCCCCGACUCACGGUGAUGAACGCCGCCCUGGCAGCCCGGGACCUCAGAGGCUCAUUGAGGACACCUUCAAUAAGGGACAACAAGAGGAAAACAACAGACAAGUCCUUGGUGACGCCCAGAGACCCAAGGCGCAGGCACCGAGGCGCUCCACCCCACGGCAACCGGCGCCCCCGUCGUCGACCCUCACAGCCGCCCAAAAGGCCUCCGCCCGCCACGCCCGCGCCCCUCACAUGGCCGAUCAAGACGCCAGGAGGGAGGAGGAGAGGCUCCCGAACCUUAAGACUCAAACGCUCGGUGGUCCAGGGAACAAUAGUGCGCUACAGUGGCUCCAGGAAUGUCAAGUUCCGGCUCCAGGGGCCCCUCGCCCUCUACCUCACGCUGGCCCCGUCAGGCGGCGGCCUCACACUUAGCCACUUUCAAGCUGACCGCUCGUGCUUCCAGGUCCACAUGUUUGAGGAGAUCCCCGCCAGCAGGGAGGGCGGCUGGCCGGUGAUGCUGCAGGUGCACGGCGGCGGCUACCUCCACGCCAACGCUCCCGGCCUCCUCUCUUUAAGGACCAGAGCAGCGGGCGUGGCUGCGGUGACACACGUAGACGGUUCAUUCUUCCGCCUCAGCUCCUACACUGGUGACAACACUAUAAAUAUGAAGCACAUACUCACAGGACUCCACAUUCAGGCCACGGUGAACGCUGUGUCCCUGGUCAGUGCCAACCCUGCCGCAGCUGAAGGAAUGCUCUUUCAUGAGUUUGAGUGCACCUGACACCUGGGGAAAGUUACUGAUGGUGGUGUCAUUCUCCAGCAUGAUGGUGUGGUGUGGGCUGCCCAGGUGACACGGGGAGAGUCUGACUGGGUACUGAGCAGCUUCACUUCAUAUACACUCAGUAUCUGUGUAGCAAAGGUGUGGCUUAACCCGGUAGCAGCGAGGAUCAUGUUUCUGAAUGGUCCCUCCAAGUGAGAAAAAUGAAAAAAAUCACCCCUCACACAAACCAUUUUAUAAUAUAUAUCAAAGCAUUUGUGAUCUGAUUAUGUAUCAUCUAUUUUUUGGGGUAAAUAUCAUGGGACAAAUUUGGCCCGUCGCUGCUACUGGGUUAAAUUACCACCACAAUGAGCGAUGCAGCAGACGCUCAGAGGCACAGCAGUGUACGCUUCAAUGAGGCACCGUGAAGGAUGGGAGCUUCAGUGUUUUGGUGCUCACGGGACGGAGGGAAUGGGAGGGUGGUGAGGAGAGGAGGUGAGGAGGUGGAGGAACAGAAAAUCACUUGGCUUUCAAUAAAACCACCUACAUCAGUAGCUAAUUCUGAUCUACUAAACAAUGGUGCUUCUGUAAGGGCAAACAACUGCUCGGAGCUGCAGCCUUGUGAGCGUCUAAGUGUGAUGCUGCAAAGUGUGGAGCUGAGCCGUCCUGGAAACAGUGUGGGGAGGAAUUACUGAUGCUGUGGGACAACGGCUGAGGCUUAGAAUAACUGUCUCUACGUAGUGUUGGAGUAAAGGAUCUCAUUUAAUUUAAGGGUAUCAUAGAGGGAUAGAUGAUGAUUAAUUCUAUCUGCUUAUUUUCUUUUCUUAUUUAUUUAUUUUUUUAGGUACCUGCAAUGUUUUUUUAUUUAUGUGAAAUACAUGUCAUCUGUAUUUUUCAGUUAAAUGGCAGACUAAAGUUUGCUAUGUAUGUGAGUGUCACAAUGAACAUCCUGAUCUAAACAUUAGAGUGUGUGUGUGUGUGUGUGUGUGUGUGUGUGUGUGUGUGUGUGUGUGUCCUACAGCUCUGAGAGAAACUAAAGAAUGUGGGUUAUUGCUGCGGGUAUCUCAUGUUUUCACUGUGACUCUGUGUAGCAGUCAACAAUGAUGAUGAUGAUGGUGAUGACAAGUGACAAUGAGUAUAAGUACAGUUCCAUUUCAGUGAGACAUCUAUUAAGUCACAACAUUUAUUCUGCUGGGCAAGAAACACCAAGUAUUUUUAACAAGGCAGCUGAGGCAGCCAUCUAACAUGACCUGCCAUGGGUUUCAGAGGCCAUGUAUUAUCAUUUUUUAGGGAAAACCUUUAACAAAACACUGGAUAAGGAUGAUAAUUUGACAAAGCUUGUUUCAGACCUCACCCGAUUUUCACCAUUUGAUUUUUUACUAAGAUAAUUACAGCACAUGUGGACCUUGGUCUCUGGGUACUGGCGGGACCUUCACACACCACACACCCCAUCGCCCUUGCACAACGCGAGAAAACGUUUGCUGCCUCGCAGGAAACACUUCACCUGCAGGUUUUAUCCUUGAGCACCUCUUUAUAAACAAUAAUUAUCCACAUCUUGCUAAUAAAUCAUACUGACAGAAAUGGGGCGAGGUCUGAAACAAGCUUAGCCAAAUGAUCAGGCUUAUCCGACGCUUUGCUAAAAGUUAUUCCCGAAACAUGAUAUUACAAGGCCUCUGAAACUCCCGGCAGGUUGGCGGGGUGGUAUAAUUUGAGAGCCUUAACCAUCCCCACACACUCUGACAAGCACCAGAUGUCUUCAGGUUCAAUGUUUAGCAGGACAUUUUCAGUAAAAUUCAUAGUCUUAAAUUCCUACUUCCUUCCACCCUAUUUCCUGAAGAAAAUGUUUCUUGUAAGAAAAAACAAAAAUUAAAUAUGUAUGGGUAACUUAAAAUUUACAUUGAAGAGAAAUAUAUCCUGUAAAAAAAAAUGUGUAUAUAAUGACCCAUCAGACACAGACCCCCUAAAAUAACACUUGUGUAUGUGGAACCCUACUGGCUGAAUGGACAGAGUGCUGCUUCCAACCUCACUGGUGGUAGACUUACUCCCAGCUGGGGUAAAGUUCAUCCCCCUGUGCCCCCGAGGCUUAAAUGAAUUUCUUGUGUAUUGUGUACGUAACAGCACCUCUCCACUGGUGGCCUCCUACUGAUGCCCUUCAAAAAGUCACCCUCUUUCAUCCUCAUCACAUGUCCAAAUUGUAUAAGAACUUUGCACCUCCAGCUUAUCCAGGUUUUAAUCCAACUCAAAAAUUUAUUGGUCAUUCUGUGAGGUAACUCUCAGCUUACUUAACAAUCUCUUGCGAGGAACUCAUUCAAAUGUUUAACCGAAACCUUGAUAUACCACAUCAUGUCUCUGGAUCCUCAAAUCAAACUUGACUGAAUCAAAAUGCAUGCCCCUUCAGAUAUGAUAUUUUAUUAAAGACACUUGCCUAGUCAUAUAAAUAUAUUACAAAAAUAGUUCACAAAUUAGUAUCGGAUCACAACAAAAACAUAUGAACCGGCAUUGUUUCAGCAACACACAGACGCAGCAGAGUAAGAACCUCCUUUGGGUGAUCGUGAGCAGAGUAAGCACUUGUUAAAGGUGAGGAUGUCUUGAAAGGAGGGAUUUUUUUUUUUUUACAGUAAAGGAAACAGCUCUAGGGCAAAAAAAAAAAAAAAAAAAAAAACAAAAA